AUGCCUCCGACGAAGAUGUUGCACGAGGACGUCGAUUGGAACGCCUUUGUUCAGCAACCUGAUAAUAAAACAGAAGGCAGAUUCACGGAGGCUACAAAGCGUCGCAUUCUCCAUGUGAAGCUGAAUUUUCAAAAAUUCUCGUCCAAAUUGAACCCGCCAAAAUACGAACACUGGAUCAAAAACAUCACACUGAGGCUAAUCGAAGGUUUCCUGCGCUGGUAUCUCAAUGAGCACAACAUGAAAUAUCAGUCUGGAUUCUUGGUCUUCGCCCGAUACUUCCGGAUCUUCUGGUGCGAAGAGAUGGACAGCCUCUUCCCUUACGACCUCAGACGCAGGAUGACAAGGGCAGGUUGCUACCCAUCGAUCAUCAAUGAUAGACACUAA